AUGGAGCUUUCCCUAUUUUAUUUCGUAUUUACUCUGCUUAUAUUAUUGUCUACAGCUGACCCUACUGAAUUUGAUUUUCAAUGUCCAACACCUCGUCGUUUAUUAUCCGUUGGGCCAUUAAAUUCACCAUUAGUAGAAAAGAAGUCUCAUGACAGUCCUUUAUCUUCAAAAUCAUCAUCACCACCCAAAUAUGCUCGUUCAAUUGAUUCUCAUGGUCUUACAGUUUAUAUUCGACCACAAACACCAAAAUCAUUUGGUUAUAAAGCUCCUUCAUAUAGUCAUUUGCUUAAACCAAAAUUGCAUACAAAUAAAGAAACGUCAAAAUUGAACACAAAGAAAGAAACACCAAAAUUAAAUACAAAUAAAGAAAAACCAAAAUUGAAAACAAUCAAACAAAAAUCAAAAUUAAAACAAUCAAAAAAUGAAAAGAAAAAACUGUUGAAAAAGAAAAAUUUUAAAAAACAUAAAGCAUCAAUCAAUAUUAAAACUCAAGAAUUAGUAACUGUUAAUCAUGAUGAACCACAUCAACAUCAAACAUUAUUUCAUAUUGGUUCAACACCAAAACUCGAUAAAAAUAUUAAAAAAUUAAACAAAUCUAAAGCAAAUAAACAAACAAUACUAUCUAAAACCAAAAAUGCUACUAGUAAUAUUAAAAUUGCGAAAAAUAUUACAAAAAAUUUACCCACGGCAAACGCAACUUUACCUAUAAAUGAUAAAAAGGCAAAAAUUACAAAAAAAGAUAAUAAAACUAAUAUUGAUGAAAAGAAGAAAACCAAAAAAAUAUUAAUCAAUAGAACGAGUGAGAAUAUAUCUCUCACUCCACCUAUUACUGAUAAACCGACUACAACUUCAUCAUCUUUUUCUUCUCCAUUACCAUCAACAAUAGAUAAAAAAACUCAAGAAGACAAACCAGAACCGAGCAAUAUCAUAAACGAAACAAUUGAACCAUUAAGUACACAUGAUGAUGAAAAUAAAUCAGUUGUUGGUCGUGCUUAUCAUUUCGUUAAAAAUAUGUUUCAAUUAUCAGAUGAUUUUCUUAAUGAUAAUUAUACUCAAGAAAAUCAUAUCAUCGACAUGACAAAUGAACAUCAACAAUAUCAUUCUCGUAAAUUACUUUCCAUCGAUGAUAAUAAUAUAUCAAUAAUUAUGAAUAAUGAUAUAACUGAUAAUGAAUAUGAUCUUUAUUCAAAUGAUGAUAUACCUGAUGUGGCAACUGAUGAUUUAUCAUUUGUUGUAACCAGUAUAUCUAAACGUCGAUUACUUUCUGUCAAAACAAAGAAAUCUUUGAUAUUAUCAAAAGCUAAUAAUGAAAAAGAAAAAAAAUCAGCAUCAAUAAACAAUGUCAAUGCAAAUAAGCCUAAAGUUGGUUGGACGUAUCGUUAUCGAAUUUCACGUUAUCUUGAUGCUCAAAAACUGAAACAAAAUAAAAAUAAAAAUAAAAAUAGAAUAAUAGGAGAAGGAAAAACUAAACGACAUUCCCAACAACGACAAUCAAAUUGGAAACAAAAUCAAAAAAAAACAAAUCCGUCACGUAAUAGAAAACUUUCAAAACGAAAACUUUUGAAACAUUCUAAUGAUGACCAUAUAAGUUGGGAUAAGGAUAAAAUAUCUAACCAAGAUACCGUCAAUACCGUAUCAAUUACCGAAACAUUUGUACCUAAACGUCAUUUAUUAAUGUCUAAACGAAAAAAUAAAUAUAAAGAAGAUGAUGAUAAUGAUGAAGAAGAUGUCGACAAAACAAAUAAACUUCGUCGAAUGAAAACUCUUGAAGAAUCUACCGAUCCAAUUCUUAUCGUUCAGUCAUAUGAUCGUGGUUUAUAUAAACCUCGUGUGGGUUGGCAAUUUCGUUAUCGUGUUUCUCGUUAUAUUGAUUCAUUACGUGAAAAUAUUCGUGAAGAUCAAGAACGUUUAAAAUUAGGUUUACAAGCUAUCAAACGUAAAACACCGCAAGAAUUAAGUGGUAAACGUAAACGUGUUUUAGAUAAACCAUUUGUUUCUGACGAGGAUGAAUUAAAAAAAAAAGAAGAAGAAGCAAUAAAAACUGUAGAAGACAAUAAGCCUAAUGCUGGUUGGCGAUAUCGAUAUCGUAUAAAUAAAAUGGCUGACGCUAAAAAACGUGGAGAUUAUAUUGAUGAUGAACAAGAAAAACUUAAAGAACGUCUUGAACAAGAAAAGAAACAAUCAGAUCUAAAUAAAUCUCAAGAUGAUGAACAUAUUAUUGGAGAAAACGAUCUUGAUCCUGAAUUACGUCAAAUAAGUCCUGAAGGUCGUCGUGUUGGAUGGGCAUAUCGUUAUCGUAUUCGUCGUAAACUUAAUGAUUUAAAACAACAACAAGCUGAAACUGGAAUAGCAUUUGAUUUAGCAACAUUAAGUGUUAAAGAUGAAGAGGCAGUUGUUCCAUCAAAGCCAAAGUCAACGGAAAAGAAGAAACGAACUGAAUCCAUCGAAGAAACACCAAAAAACCAAACAAAAUCUGUUGGUUGGCAAUAUCGAUAUCGAGUCUCAAAAAUGAAAGAAGCACAAAAACAUAAUAAAUCAAAAACAUCGACAAAAAAAAGUCAAGAUCAAACAUCAAUUCAGGAGCAACUUGAUCCAGAAUUAGCACGACUUGCACAAGAAGAACGAGCCGUCGGAUGGAAAUAUCGUUAUCGUAUUCGACGUAAAAUUGAUGCAUUAAAAGAAGCUGCCAAUCGUGAAAGUGGAAAACGUACUAAAAAAUUACCGUCAUCAUCAAAAAGAAAAAAUAAAGACAAUCUUCAAGAAAAAGUUGAAGAAUCAUUUGAAAAAAUUCUUAAUAUUGAUGAUAUUCAUGAAACGCCAUUUAUGGAAUAUUUUCGUCGAGCAUCAUCAUAUGUUUUAUUUGGUCUUGUACCAACAGCAAAAAAAUCUAUUUGUCUUUUACCAUUACCUAUAACGUUUUCUUUUUGUAAACAAGAAAAUAUUGAACAACCAGUAACAAAAAGAGAAAAACCAAAACGAAUUCGAAUUAAAAAAUUAAAAACAAGAAAAGAACAACGUGCUAAACAAUUUAUACGUUCUCGUAUAACGAAAUUAGGCAUAGAAGAUAAAGAUACUGAACGACGUGUUGAUGAAGCUAUGAAAGAUUUAUAUAAAACACCAUCAUUACCACCUUUACAAACACCACCAUCAACUCGAAAAAGUGAAAAAAAUAAAAAAAAACGACAUAAAAAUUCGCCUAAACGACCAAAUCAAGAUGAACAAAGAAAACAUUUUAAUGAAAAACAUAUGAUAAAAAAAAAGAUUGGAGUGGAAUCAAAAAAGAAUAAAAAUAAAAAACGAUCUCAAAUCAUUGGUCAAGAAGUUAAAAUUAAAAAUAAGCAUAAACUUUGUCCGUUUGCUGUUACAAAAGCACCUCCAACUAAACAAAACUCUCAACCACCUUCUUCUUCUUCGUCUCGACGUCUCCGAACUCUAUCUGAAGUUAUCCGUGAAGAAGCGGCAACUCUAUUUGGAGGAACAUUGAAAUCUUCGAAAACAUCUGAAGAUAUCAAUGACGAAAUAAACGAAGCCAAUGAAGUUAUACAAGAACAUUCAAAUCUUAAAGCAAAAGAAAAGUCGCUGCCGCCGACUCCUGUUGAUAGUACAAUAUCUAAUAAAGAAGAUCAGUCGACAUUAAGUGGUAAAGACAAAAAAGCAAACAAAGAAUAUACGAAAGAAGAUCUGCAUGAUAUGCUUAAUUGA